CCGCACUUUCUGCCCAGGCAAAUGUGCUGGCAAAGAUAUUACAGCAACUGCAUCGCCAUCACGGCUUUUAUUCAGUUCGCUCAACUUGAGGAAUGACAACACGUGUGUUAGGCUAUUAAGUUCAUUUUAUUAUAACUUUCAGGAAGCGUAUCGAGCGGAAGUUUUGCUGGCGCCAACCAUUCAAUAUUGCGCGCCUGUCUAACUGAAGAAACAGCACCAUUCGUUGAAUGUUCCAUCCAUCUUCAAUUGAGCCUGUUACAAAAUGGGAGUCGCCUCAGCAGUCCUAGCUUCCACUAGCCAAUCCACACCUUUCUCCAAACCCAGUAUACGCAGAUAGCAAUCGUCCCAUUUCCUUUCUCCCCCACACCACAAGAAAGGAACAGGGCGCAGUGUCUAGUUAGUCUCCCCUUCACCUGAAGAAGUCUAUUUGUUUAGCACACCGCACACACACCACUUACCUCAGAGUUUCUUUCGGAAGAAGAACAUAAGCUAUUUAAAAACUGACAUCUAUUUAAUAUUUAACAUACUAGGAAAAACGUCUAUUUAAAAAUAAAUUGAUAAGUUAUAGUCACCUGCACAAGAGAUUAUUUAAAAAGAAGACCAAUUAACUGCAAAAAAAAUGGAAUCUACAACACUAGCUGCUCUGGCAACCACGGCCGCCUUUACCAUUGCCACGGCGACAGACAUGUCCGACUACAUGUGGCUGCUGAUUCUGGGCUUCGUCAUCGCCUUCAUCCUGGCGUUCUCGGUGGGUGCCAACGACGUGGCCAACUCCUUCGGCACCGCGGUAGGGUCCGGGGUCGUGACCUUACGACAGGCUUGCGUGCUGGCCACGAUAUUUGAGACGGUGGGCUCCAUACUCCUGGGGGCAAAGGUCAGCGAGACUAUCCGCAGCGGCAUCAUCGACCCGGGCAUGUACAACGGCUCGGAGGCCACGCUCAUGGCGGGGUCCAUCAGCGCCAUGUUCGGCUCUGCUGUGUGGCAGCUGAUGGCUUCCUUCCUGAAGCUGCCCAUCUCCGGAACGCAUUGCAUUGUGGGAGCGACCAUCGGCUUCUCCAUGGUGGCCAAGGGUCCCAUGGGCGUGAAGUGGCUGGAGCUGCUUCGCAUUGUUGCGUCCUGGUUCCUAUCCCCCCUGCUGUCUGGUAUCAUGUCUGCUAUACUCUUCUACUUCGUACGCAGGUUCAUCUUGAACAAGGAGGAUCCCGUCCCCAAUGGCUUGCGAGCUCUUCCCGUCUUCUACGCCGUCACCAUGGCGAUCAACCUCUUCUCCAUCAUGUUUACUGGAGCUCCAAUGCUGGGCUUUGACCGUGUGCCUUGGUGGGGAACCCUCCUCAUCUCGCUGGGCUUUGGGGUGGUGACCGCCAUCUUCGUCUGGUUUGUGGUGUGCCCACGCCUCAAGAGGAAGAUCAAACGCGAGAUGGCGGUGAACCCGUGCGAGACCGCUCUGAUGGACAAACCCGGCGCGGACAACGCACCUGCGUCCAUCACGAGUCCUCAGGAGUACAGCCCCGUCCCCCAGACCGCGCCGGCGGAGAACGGCAGGGUGGCCUUCAACAUCGGAGGCUCUGACGAUGCCGAUCUGGACAGCAAAGAGUUCGACACCAAAGACCUGGAAACCAACGCUCUGAACGGUCUCAAUGGCGGCCCGAUGCCGGUCCCCGAGCUGACCACCGGUCAGCACCACACGGUCCACAAGGACUCGGGCCUGUACAAGGACCUGCUGCACAAGCUGCACAUUGCCAAGGUAGGCGACUGCAUGUGGGAGAACACGGAAAAGCCCAUCCGCCGCAACAACAGCUACACCUCCUACACCAUGGCCAUCUACGGCAUCCACGGAGGCUCAAAAGACGCCGACGGGCGCUCGGACGACGGCAGCAGCAGCGGGAGGCGCGUGCGCAUGGACAGCUACAACAGCUACUGCACGGCCGUGGCGGACGGAGGCGCGGAGGGAGACGCGGAGGGGGAGGGGCCUGUGGCGGUGGAGGUGGAGGACGAGGCCAACAGGGCGGGGCCUCUGGAGGAGGAAGAGGAAGUGGACGAGCUGGAGCUGGAUCGGCCUGAAGUGUUCCACCUCUUCCAGUUCCUGCAGAUCCUCACCGCCUGCUUCGGCUCUUUCGCCCAUGGAGGAAAUGAUGUCAGUAAUGCGAUCGGCCCCCUGGUGGCGCUGUGGCUGGUGUAUGACAGCGGCUCGGUGGUGUCCAAGGCCCCCACCCCCAUCUGGCUGCUCCUCUACGGGGGGGUGGGCAUCUGCUUCGGCCUCUGGGUCUGGGGCCGCAGGGUCAUCCAGACCAUGGGCAAGGACCUCACCCCCAUCACCCCCUCCAGUGGCUUCAGCAUCGAGCUUUCCUCGGCUAUGACCGUCGUCGUAGCAUCCAACAUCGGACUUCCUGUCAGCACCACCCACUGCAAGGUGGGCUCCGUGGUAGCGGUUGGCUGGCUGCGUUCUCGUAAGGCUGUCGACUGGCGUCUGUUCCGGAACAUCUUCAUCGCCUGGUUUGUGACGGUGCCCAUAUCUGGCCUCAUCAGCGCAGCUAUAAUGGCCCUGUUCACCUACGUCAUCAUCUGAGGCUCCCCAAAUGCAACAGAACCCCAAAACACCUGCCUAUGGACCUGCUCACCCACGUCAUCAUCUGAGACUCCCAUAAUGCAACAGCACCCACACAGAGAUGCCUAUGGACCUGUUCACCUGCGUCGUCAUCUGAAGUUCCCGCCAGAGGUGGAACUCUGCACCUAAACAGUGCUGCUGUCAUGGCUCUGCAACAGAAACCAAACGGUGACUGUUCCUCUGAAUCUCCCAUGAUGCAUCAGGACCAAACCCACAGCUCUAUGAUGCUGCAUUCACAUAGUCAUUCCCUGGCCCUCAUUGGUCCCGAACCAGUGUACGUGUUUCACACAGUCAUUCCCUGGCCCUCAUUGGUCAGUAUACAUGUUUCACACAGUCAUUCCCUGGCCCUCAUUGGUCAGUAUACAUGUUUCACAUAGUCAUUCCCUGGCCCUCAUUGGUCCAGAAUCAAUGUGCAUGUUUCACACAGUCAUUCCCUGGCCCUUAUUGGUCCAGAAUCAAUGUGCAUGGUUCUAUGUUUCAAACAUUGGUCUCCUGCCCAUUUGCAUAAGUUUGGUAUCUGCACUGUAAAUAGACGAGUGAGAAGCAGACACCAUAUACGUCUCUCUUUGUUAAAGACACAACUUCUGGAUCUUUGUACAUAACUUACACAGCCUGCCUGUCAUAGAAAUUAAAUGGAGAGAACUUGGAAGUCACCAAACUUGAUCUUCAGUUUAUGAUUUUAUGUCACUAUAUUUGUUUAAAAAUACUACAAUUGAUCAGGGUUUUCUAUAUAUUUAUGUUCAUAAUGAAUAAAAUAUGGUCAUUUGAAUGAUUUCCCCUCCGUCUGUUGAUGUGCUGUAUGCAUGAGCUAAAAUAAAUCUCAUUUGUAAUUA